CCCGCUCCCUGCUAGCCUGCUGCAGUAUGCAGGCAGAUAAAAGGCGCGUUUUGCAGCGACGCGUGAGUUCAGGAAGGUUGGGUUUGAGUUGAGUGUUACUGGACCGCCCUGUGAGGCAGAAGCGCCGUUUGCUGUGAGGUCUAGAGCGGUGUGGAGCGAGCGAAGCGAUGCUGGAUCGUUUUGAGCGCUACGCCUUCGCGGCGCUUUGCAGCGUCAAUUUCUUCACGUCGUGUUUGCUGUUCUCGGCUGUGAGUCGGGAGCAGCGGGCGCCCUACAUGGACGAGAUCUUCCACAUCCCGCAGGCGCAGAAAUACUGCCAGGGCAGAUUUAACGAGUGGGAUCCUAUGAUCACUACUCUACCUGGUCUGUACCUGGUCUCUGUGGGAGUGAUUAAGCCGGUAGUGUGGCUGGCCGACUACUCUGGGACAAUACUGUGCUCCGCUGCUAUGCUGCGCUUCAUCAACCUUCUUUUCAACUGUGGCAACCUCUACAUUCUCUAUCUCAUUAUCUGCAGGCUGCACCUUAAAGACAAGUCUCGCACAGCUGGACGAAGAAUUCUCUCUGCCCUGACCCUGUCCACCUUUCCUGUGCUGUACUUCUUCACGUUCCUCUACUACACAGAUGCCGGCUCCACCUUCUUCACCCUCUUCACCUACCUCAUGUGUCUCUAUGGGUGCCACAAAGCGUCAGCCCUUCUGGGCAUCUGUGCCAUCCUCUUUCGCCAGACCAACAUCAUCUGGGUGGCAUUUUGUGCUGGCAGCGUCGUAGCUCAGAAACUCGAUGAGGCUUGGAGGGUGGAGCAGUUGAAGAAGAAGGAUGAGAAAACACCCUCACAAAUACCAUUGGCGAUUAGUGGGGUGAAGAGGGUAGCACGUUUUUUACUGGAAUAUCUCUCAACUCCAACCAACAUAAAGACAGUGAUUUUAUCAACAUGGCCAUAUGGUGUCGUCGGAUUUGGCUUCUUCACAUUUGUGGUUUUGAACAAUGGCAUUGUGGUCGGAGACAGGACUAGUCAUGAAGCCUGUUUGAACUUCCCUCAGCUUUUUUAUUUCUUUUCCUUUACUUUGAUCUUCUCCCUUCCUCUCUCACUUUGCUACCACAGGCUUGUCAGGUUCAUGCAGUCUCUGAGAAAACACCCUUUAUUGUUUCUUCUCAUGGCAGCUGUUUAUUUGCUACUAGUCUGGAAGUUUACUUUUGUCCACAAGUACUUGCUGGCAGAUAACAGGCAUUUUCCUUUUUAUGUAUGGAAAAGGAUCUUCCAGAAGCACCAUCUGAUACGCUUCCUUCUGGUUCCUGGCUAUUUGUUUGCAGCAUGGAACUUUCUAGACACCCUGAGGUCCAAGUCGUUGUUCUGGAUUUUGGCUUUUUUUGUGUGUCUACUGGCAGCUACGGUUCCUCAGAAACUUCUGGAAUUCCGCUAUUUUAUUCUUCCGUAUCUCCUGUACCGUGUACAUGUCCCUCUACCAUCUCUCCACAGACUGCUGCUCGAAUUUGCUCUCUAUACGGCGGUUAAUGCAGCCACGCUCUACAUAUUCAUCUACAAGACAUUUCACUGGCCUGAUAGCACAGCAGUGCAGCGAUUCAUGUGGUGACAUUUGAACACUGUAAUCAGUUCACUUUUUUACAGAAGAAAGGGAAAAUUUGAGAUUUUUUUUUCUUACUGCUCACCAGGCAUCUUCCUACCAUAGAUUGAUGUUAGCAAAAGAACAUGCAAAGACCAAAAUAGACACUGUAUAAUGGGUUAUUAGCCAGUUCAACAACUAAAUUCGAUAAGACGAAAUGUCACAGAAUGGGUUCUGAUUAGUCAAAAAGUAGUGCAAUUUUGUAUAGUUGCAUCUUGGUUGAACAUCUGAGAGUACAAAUUUGAAUUUUUUGUUUAUAUAUGCUUUUCUUCAUUUUUUUAUUUUAUUUUUUUAAAUGCUGCCUCAAAGGCAUUUUGGGGGAAGUCAUUGAAGAACCACUUACAGUUCCCUAAAGAACCAUGUUUGAAAAGAGAUUUGUGAGUGGAGAAACCUUUUAGAGGCUUAAAAAGCCUUCACAUAAUAUAAAGGUCCUUUACUAAUUUAAGGGUUCUUCCUAGAGCCUUUACAUUAUGUGGUUCUUUCAAGUUCAAAAAGGUUCUUUAGCCUCAUGCAUCUCAUUAAAAAGUUACAUUUUAAAGCACUAUUCAUAUAAAGGUUAAGGGAAAUCAAAAGUGGUUUUUGUAUGGCAGCACACAGAAUUGUUUCCAGCUUUCCUGUUCCUGGUGAGUUACUGUGGUUACAGUCCCCAGUGACUGUAAAAAAAAAAAAAUAAUUCAACAAAACGCUAGUUUUCCCACAUGUGAGCAUAACUGAACUAUUGCUGGGUGAUGUGAUAUUCUAUAUUAUCACAUUUACUGUACAUGGUAUAGAUUAAAUUGUUCUGGAAAUGCAGCUGUUGACCUGCACUGGUUGAAUGUGCUCAGUGGGGGGUGGGGUGGUUCUGUGUGCCAUUUCAGCAGGUACAUAUCAUGUAUGUACAAAAAGCCAUCUACGUUACAAUGUACAUUUAGGCCGUCCUCAGACCACAGCAUAAAUAAUUAGACAUCAAACAAUGGCUUCAGGUUUUGGGGGAAAAAAACACUGGUUCGCCUGUCUGACAGCCCGAACACCCUUUUUUCUGUUGUUUUUAUUUCAGAAGUCCCCUGUGACCCAAAGACACUUUUUAAAUUGAUACAUUAACUGAUUACAGCUAAUCAAUGAAAAAUGUAUAGAUUUUUUGUCACAUUGUUUACCUGCUGAUUUGAAAGACUUCAGGUUUAUGCUCAGAGACUAAAGGAAAUGUAAAAUUUCAUGUAUGGACACCAGUAGGUUAAUGUCCAUGUCAGUUUGGCACUUGUAUACUUAUUUCAAAAUUAUUAUUAUUUUUUUUUUUUUAAGUUUUUUUUUUUGUCUUUAAAGUAAUGCUGUACCCAGUGUUUGUUUCUAAUGACCUUUUAUGUGCCCCAAUCAGAUUUUGGUAGUUUGUUGACUCUCCAAAUGUGGACUAAGCACAAGCAUUGAUGUUUACAGUCCCUCUGAUGUUCCUGUGUGACAAGUCGACAGUAUGUGUUAUUGAGUUUUUCAGAUUAUACUGGUUCUGUGUUGUCUUAAAAGACCAAAAAAAUGAUCUUAUGUCAAUUUAAAAAAAAAUUUAUUUUUAUUUUUUGGAAAAUGAAUCCUAUUAGUCAAGACUUCUUUUUCUGUGUUUUCUUUCCCCCAUGUAAAUUGCUUUUGUCUAUGAAAGAUACUUGUUCCAUGUUGUCAGUGUUCAGUUGUAAAUCUGCUGUACUGAUGCAAUAAAAAUAAUAAAUUAUGUAUUGAUGCUC